CCCCCGGUCCCGGGCUCAGUGAUCACUUCUCCGUCCUCCUCCUCCGCUGCAGCCGCUCCUCACCCUGGUGCCCCGCAGGCGGGUGGUGCUGGUUGCCCUUGGGGUGGCCAUGCUGCUGGUUUUGGUGAUAGUCAUCCCGCUGCUGGCGCUGCCCCCGCCCGGUGCCGGACACUACGAGAUGCUGGGCUCCUGCCGGAUGAUCUGUGACCCGUACACCGGACACCCCCUCAGCUCCUCGGGAGAAGCUCUGAAGGACCUCAGCGGGGACCCUCCGCCCUUCAUCCAGGGACCCAAGGGGGAUCCAGGCAGAGCAGGCAAGCCAGGACCGCGGGGACCCCCUGGGGAACCGGGCCCCCCAGGACCGCGUGGCCCCCCGGGAGAGCGCGGUGAGCCGGGCAGAGGAGGGGGCUCUGGGGCUGCUGUGUCUCCUGUUCUCCCGGGACCCCGCAUCGCCUUUUAUGUCGGUCUGAAGAGUCCACACGAGGGGUACGAGCUCCUCAAGUUUGACGAUGUAGUGACUAAUGUCGGUAACCACUACGACCAGAGCACCGGCAAAUUCACCUGUCAGGUCCCGGGCAUCUACUACUUCACCUACCACAUCCUGAUGCGGGGCGGCGACGGGACCAGCAUGUGGGCAGACCUGUGCAAGAACGGCCAGGUGAGGAGCGGGGGAGGAACCGGGGUACAGGUCCGGGCCAGCGCAAUCGCUCAAGAUGCAGAUCAGAACUACGACUAUGCCAGUAACAGCGUGGUGCUUCACCUGGACUCCGGAGACGAGAUUUAUGUAAAGCUGGAUGGUGGGAAAGCGCAUGGCGGGAACAACAACAAAUACAGCACCUUCUCCGGAUUUAUCCUAUACCCUGACUAGAGCGACCACCGAUCAGCGUCCACUGGGAAGGAAUCCUCAGCUGCCGGAGGUGACCGCUCACACAUGGACACUCACAGGUUCAUGUGGUUUUCACAUCUGGUGUAUACAGAGCUCCAUGCACCACAAUGACCCAAGGAGUAGACCUCAUCCAUCCUCACCGACUGCACCUAUCCGCCAUAGAGGAAUCCCGGGGACACCGCAACACAUCAGCUAAUGGUUAACAACAUAUCUCAUAAAUGGUUAAAUCCUAACUGACCUACACGUAACAUACAUGACUGUCCUGAACCACCAUUUAUAUAAAGGGACUUGGAGAGUCUCCAGACCUUUUCACUUUUUUCGCAUUUUGUUAUGCUGCACCUUGUGCUAAAAUGUACAAUAAAAGAAAAUCUAACCCCCCCCAUCAUUCUGCCCUCAAUCCCCCAUCAUGACAAAAUAUUGACAGAAUGUUAGAAAUCUUUACACAUUUAUUAAAAAGGAAAAGCAAAAAUCUUCCAGUGACAUAAGUAUUCAUACCCUUUACUCAGGAGUUAGGUGAUUUCAGCCUCCAGUCUUCUUGGGGAUGAGGCCACAAGGUUUACACAUCUGGAUUUGGGGAUUUUCUGCCAUCCUUCUCUGUAGAUCCUCUCAGCUCUGUCAGGUUGGAUGGGGACCAUCAGUGGAAGCGAUUUUCAGGUCUCUCCAGAGAUGUUCCAUUGGGUUUGGGCCCUGGCUGUGCCCCUCAACAACAUUCACAGAGUUGUCCCUAAGCCUCCUGCGUUGUCUUGGCCAUUGUCUUGUUGGAAGGUGAACCCUCAGUGUAUUCAUUAAGAAUAUUUCUGCUCCAUUUAGCUUUUCCUCAACCCUGACCAGUCUCCCUGUCUCCACCAUAUGAUGCUGCCCCCACCAUGAUCACUGUAGGGAUGGUAUUGGGCAGGUGAUGGGCAGUGCCUGGUUUCCUCCAGACAUGAUGCUGCCACCACCAUGAUCACUGUAGGGAUGGUAUUGGGCAGGUGAUGGGCAGUGCCUGGUUUCCUCCAGACAUGAUGCUGCCCCCACCAUGAUCACUGUAGGGAUGGUAUUGGGCAGGUGAUGGGCAGUGCCUGGUUUCCUCUAGGCAUGAUGCUGCCCCCACCAUGAUCACUGUAGGGAUGGUAUUGGGCAGGUGAUGGGCAGUAUCUGGUUUCCCCCAGACAUGAUGCUGCCCCCACCAUGAUCACUGUAGGGAUGGUGAUGGGCAGUGCCUGGUUUCCCCCAGACAUGAUGCUUCCCCCACCAUGAUCACUUUAGGGAUGGUAUUGGGCAAGUGAUGGGCAGUGCCUGGUUUCCUUCAGACAUAAUGUUGCCCCCACCAUGAUCACUGUAGGGAUGGUAUUGGGCAGGUGAUGGGCAGUGCCUGGUUUCCUCCAGACAUGAUGCUGCCCCCACCAUGAUCACUGUAGGGAUGGUAUUGGGCAGGUGAUGGGCAGUGCCUGGUUUCCCCCAUACAUGAUGCUGCCCCCACCAUGAUCACUGUAGGGAUGGUAUUGGGCAGGUGAUGGGCAGUGCCUGGUUUCCUUCAGACAUAAUGUUGCCCCCACCAUGAUCACUGUAGGGAUGGUAUUGGGCAGGUGAUGGGCAGUGCCUGGUUUCCUCCAGACAUGAGGCUUAGAAAUAAGACUAGUUUUUGGUUUCACCAGACCAGAUACUCUUGUUUCUUACAGUCUGAGCCUUUAGAAUUUUUUUUUUUUUUUUGCCAACUCCAGGCGGCUUUCAUGUGUUAUUACUGAUGAGGCUUCUUUCUGCCAUAAAGCCCAGACUGUGGAGGCUGCAGUGAUGGUUCUGGACCUUCUGGAAGUUUCUCCCAUCUGCACACAGGAUCUUUGGAGCUCAUUCAUAGUUCCCAUUGGGUUCUCGGUCUUCUCUCUUACCAAGACCCUUCUUCCCUGAUAACUUAGAUGGGUGGGGCAGAGAGUUCCAAACUUCUUACCUGUAAGAAUUUUUGAGGCCACUGUGUUUUUGGGAACUUUCAGACCCCUCCAGAUCUUUCUUUAUUUUAAUAAAUGUGCAAACAUGUCUAUAAUUCUGUUUUUACUUUGUCCUUAUGGGGUAUUGAGUGCAGAAUGAUUGAAAACUUGAAUAACAAAUAAGUGAAAUAAAGGAUCUAAUUUUUUUCUGAAUGCAUUGUGCAUAUGACCAUUCUGGCACACAGGUAACACAUAUGACUUUACUGACCAAUGAGUAACUGACUUGACCACCCUGACCUACAUGGAAGACAUAUGACCGUCCCAACCUAGGUAAGAUACAUGAUCCUCCAAACCAACUGUUUCAGACCUACAGGUGACAAAUAUGACCUUCCCAACCUACAGGUAGCAUUUGUAUAAACCUACAGGUAACAUAUAUGACUGAGGUAACAUGUACAAGCACCCUGACCAAUAUGUAGCAUACAUGAACACAUACAGGUAACAUAUAGAACUGUACAGAACCACAGGAAACAUAUAUGACCAUCUCGAUCUAUGGGUGAUAUACACAACUUUGAAUGAUCACUUUGACCUACUGGUAAUGUACUAGAUCAUCGCGACCUAUAGAUAACAUCCUACACUGUUUCACUCUACAGAUAACAUAUAUAAUCAUACUGGGUUUCACAAACCAUGUAUGACCAUACUUAUAGCGUAACCUACCAAACAUCACUGCCAUUCACAGGAACAAGGAACAUCAUCCAGAUGACUAUGUGUAUCCAGAUGGCUGUGGUGGUCUUAUGAUGGCUGCUGGUGGUGGUCUUAUGAUGGCUGCUGGUGGUGGUAUCAUGAAGGCCAAGCCUUCUCCUUCCCUGUAGAUUGUAGACAUUUGACAAUUCUCAGCGAUUCUCAACAAGAAUUGUCCACCAUCAUUGGAGGAAAAAAAUAUUCACUUUGUUCUCGCCACUCAGUAAAGAUGUUUCUAGUUCUAGGAUGAGUGGCCCUAAGACAUUGCUUCUCCCUCUCAAGGGCCCGUCAAGGUGAACCCUGCAGCUUUGUGUGGAACCUUGUCUUGAGUAACUUGAAGACUUGUCAGGACAUCAUGGAUGGAUUCUGGGAUCCCUCAUCAUCUUAUUCUUUUAGAGUCCAUAGUUUUGUUGUUCUGUUAUGUGGAGGGUAAACAUUGGGGGAUGGUUCUCCAGGAUAUGGACAGGGAGUGUAUAGGGGGCACUAUGGAGUCAUCGCUUAGAUAUGUCCCCAGGACUCGCUCCAGAGACCACUUCUCACUGUCUGUUCAGCUGCAAACUUAAUAAAGAAGUUUUU